AUGAGACAACGACACGCUGACGUGGCCGGCAUCGAGUGGCAAUGGGUCGACAUCCGCGACAUACUCGAAGCCGUGCCGACCGCCUCUAUCGACGUCGCCUUUGACAAGAGCACUCUCGAUGCCAUGAUCCACGGGAGCCCCGAAGUCUACCACGCCCUCAAGGAGGACGGGGUGUUUCUUUACAUCACCUACAGACAGCCUCAUUUUAUGCGGCCGCUGCUGAAUGCCGACAAUCUUUGGGUCAUGGACAUGGAUGUCCUCUCCGACGAUGACAGCGCGUUUGACCACUACGGUUUCGUGCUGAGGAAGAACAACGUACAUGCAGGCCCAUAG